AUGGCACGUACCAAGCAGACAGCGCGUAAAUCUACCGGAGGCAAGGCUCCCCGCAAACAGCUCGCCACCAAGGCCGCUCGCAAGAGCGCACCCGCCACCGGCGGUGUGAAGAAGCCUCACCGUUACAGGCCCGGAACGGUCGCUCUCCGUGAGAUCCGUCGCUACCAGAAGAGCACCGAGCUGCUGAUCCGCAAGCUGCCCUUCCAGCGUCUCGUCCGUGAGAUCGCUCAGGACUUCAAGACCGACCUGCGUUUCCAGAGCUCCGCCGUCAUGGCCCUCCAGGAGGCCAGCGAGGCUUACCUGGUCGGCCUCUUCGAGGACACCAACCUGUGCGCCAUCCACGCCAAGCGUGUCACCAUCAUGCCCAAGGACAUCCAGCUUGCCCGCAGGAUCCGCGGUGAGCGUGCUUAA